AUGAGAGUCGGUACUGCGUAUCAACCGCAGAAGGCAGAACAAGAAUAUGGUGAUAUGGCCACACAGGCUCCACCACGUCCUCGCGGUUUCCUGGUCGACACCCCAGCAUGUCGUAUACCCAAUCUGGAUCCGUUUGAUAACUCGAUCUCAAAACUGAUUCGUCUUCGAUCAAAGAUUCUGUGUUAUGGAAAACCGUCCAUUACAUACGAAGAUGGAAACGUCCUGCGAAUCAAUGGACAUUUCUAUGAGGGUGACUUUAAGUACUGUAAAUAUCAACCAAUCACGAGAGGGACAAACCAGUCCGAUUUUCAGUUUUAUUACGGCAAGUUUGGAGAGACCUUCAACAAAGAUAUAGAAAUUUCAGAUGAGUUUAUAAGAAUCUAUUGUAUGAGCAAGUCUGAGGGUACAAUAAACACCAAUUUCCAUUCCUUGAUUAUUCCGAAAGAAGCUGUGGAUGAAAGAUGUGAGAAAAACCUGAAACGCCAUGUGAAGGUAAACCAACCAAAGGAAAUAAUGAAUGUUUUAAUGAUCGGAGUGGACUCUGUAUCCAGGUUAAAUUUUAUGCGCCAGAUGCCCUUGUCGAGAAAAUACCUCCUCGAGGAUUUAGAAGCUAUAGAAAUGUUAGGAUACACUAAGGUUGCUGACAAUACUUUUGUCAACGUUGUACCGAUGACGACGGGGAAAUUUGUUGCCGAACUACCUUGGAAUGAAACUAUGUCCAAAAAACCCUUUGAUGGCUAUAAUUUUAUAUGGAAGAACUUUUCGAAUUGUGGGUAUAGAACUCUGUAUGCUGAAGAUGCCCCUAAAAUUGCUAUUUUUACAUAUUUAAAGGAGGGUUUCCACAUACCCCCACUGGCCGACCAUUACAACCGGGUGUUCAGUAUUGCGAUGGAGAAACAUAAAUCGGUCUGGAACCAUGAUCAUAAUUGUGUUGGAGACAGGUUGGAAACGGACAUAGUGUUGAAAUAUACUGAAGAUUUCUCUAAACUUUACCGAGAUAAGCCUCAAUUUGGAUUUUCAUUCAUAACGAGGCUCAGUCACGACAAUGUUAACGACGCAGGCGCAGCAGAUGACCCUCACUUCCGGUACCUUCAGAGAGUACACAAGACCGGCCUUCUAGAAAAGACGAUUUUAAUUUAUUUCAGUGACCAUGGUAACCGCUACGGGGAAAUACGAAACACGUUUGUUGGAAAACUUGAAGAGCGUUUGCCGUUCAUAUUUUUUGUAUUUCCUCGAUGGUUUAAGAAAAAAUAUCCACGCUUGAUUGAAAAUAUGAAGAAGAAUUCUCACAGACUGACGACACCGUUUGACGUGUACGAAACUCUUAAGGAUAUUUUGUAUUUCAGUGGGAAUGUUAAACAAGCUAGUGUGACGGAUCGAGGUAUCAGCCUGUUCAGCGAAGUACCACGUGACAGGUCAUGUGACACUGCCGCCAUCUUGCCUCAUUGGUGCAUGUGUUUAGAAAGGCAAGAUGUGCCUGUAACGUCAGUUACAGUUACCAACGCUGCUAGGAAAAUCCUAAAUCAGAUCAAUGAAGAACUCUUCUAUUAUGGCCAUCUUUGUGAAGUUUUAGAAAUCCAAGAAAUUAAAGAAGCAGUUUUGAUGAGUGCAAAUAAACGGGUCCUUCGUUUUGAGGAAAGCGUGAAUGACGUCAUAAACAGGACUGUUCACUAUGGUAACAGAACUGAGGCAGUGUUGACAUUUCAGUUGACCUUUGUGACAUCCCCAGGGGGAGGGUUGUUUGAAGGCACGGUCAACCUGGACGAAACAUCUGGACGGUACACCCUAGCCGGGGACAUCAGCCGUAUCAACAGAUAUGGAGAACAGUCAAAAUGUAUAGAUAAUUUUUAUUUAAAGAAAUAUUGUUAUUGUAAGAGUGCAUCAUGA